CACCGAAGUACCAAACUGACAAAGCUCGGUCAUUUCUGCGCUUCGUACACGUGAGCUUCACAAAGUCUGCUUUUUUGUCUUUGAAACUAUCGAUUUCUCAAAAAACAAAAAAAAAAAAACUGUCCCCGCAAAUAACCAAUCGAUCCGUUUCCGAAAGCAAAACACUCUCUUUGUACACACAAAAAUAAAAAAAAUUAUAAAUUAUAAAUAUUUAUUUGGAGAAAAAUGGCUUCUUCUAGUCCUCGAACUGUCGAAGAGAUCUUCAAAGAUUAUAGCGCUCGACGCUCCGGUCUCGUUCGUGCUCUCACUUACGAUGUAGAUGAUUUCUACUCGCAAUGCGAUCCGGAUAAGGAGAAUUUGUGUUUGUAUGGACACCCAAAUGAGGCUUGGGAGGUAGCUUUACCAGCAGAGGAAGUUCCACCAGAGCUCCCUGAGCCAGCCUUGGGUGUUAAUUUUGCAAGAGAUGGGAUGAAUCGUAAAGACUGGCUUUCACUGGUUGCAGUGCAUAGUGAUUGUUGGUUGCUUUCCGUGGCUUUCUACUUUGGAGCUCGACUUAAUGGCAACGAGAGGAAGCGCUUAUUUAGCAUGAUAAAUGAUCUUCCUACUUGCUUUGAAGUUGUAACUGGAAGGAAAUCCAUCAAAGACAAGCCCACUGUGGAGAGUGGAAGCAAAUCACGAAACAGCACAAAGAGGUCAAUUGAUGGACAGCCAAGAAGCAAUCCUAUGUUAGCUGAUGAAAAUUACGAGGAUGAAGAAGAGCAGGGUGAUACCUUUUGUGGGAGCUGUGGGGGAGGAUACAAUUCUGAUGAGUUUUGGAUUGGUUGUGACAACUGUGAACGGUGGUACCAUGGAAAGUGUGUGAAGAUAACGCCAGCCAAGGCGGAAAUGAUUAAGUUUUACAAAUGUCCAUCAUGCCAAAAGAAGACGAGGCAGUAGCAGCCGAUUAAGGGACUAACCUGAUCGGUUUUAUUCACUGAUGUUGUGAAGCAGCUAUAGUGAAUGCAUAAUUCUGUCGGUACUGGAAAUCCCUCAUUAAAUUGCAAGCCAUUUACUUUGGUUCUUUAGGUACAUGAAUCACAUGUAGGAUGAUGCAUAGGCUUUUUGUAGAUUAAUACUUUUUUUUUAAAAAAAAUUUAUUCUCGUGUUGGGAAGCA